GGGGGGCUAGCAUGAAAUUCAUCGCUGCUUGCUAUGUACUGCCUCUCUUUCCUGCUCUGGUCUUUGGUGCUAGACAGGGCUAUGAAGAACUGGAAAGACAGCUAAAAGAAGUCUUUAAGGAAAGGAGCAACAUACUUCAGCAACUCUUAAAGACUUCUAAAGAACUUCAGGGAAUUAAAGUAAACCUCCAGUCUUUAAAAAAUGAUGAAACAUCAACCAAAAAGGAUGUGCAGAAACUUCUGGAACUGGGCCAAAACCAAAGGGAAAUGAAAUCUCUCCAGGAAGCCUUUCAAAAGCAGCUUAAUGAGGCAGCUGAGAAAGCAGAGAAGCAGCAGGCUACCAUUAACUUUUUGAAGACUGAAAUGGAAAGGAAGAGCAAAAUAAUAAGAGACCUCCAAAACGAGAACAAAAGCCUCAAAAACAAGCUCUUGUCAGGAAACAAGCUUUGUGGUAUUCACGCAGAAGAGUCAAAAAAGAUCCAAGCCCAGCUGAAAGAGCUCCGUUAUGGGAAAAAGGAUUUGAUUUUUAAGGCACAACGGCUAACAGAUCUGGAGCAAAAACUAUCAGUUGCGAAAGGCAAACUGGAAAAUACAGACCUUGACAAAGAGUCACAGCUGAAAGCUCUGAAGGAGACUGUGCAGCUAUGCCUGUCUUCUGUUCUGCACAAUCAGCCUCCCACAAUUAAUCUAAUCUCUUCAAAACCAGCUACGAAGCUGACUUCCUCAAAUACAAAGGGCUCCAAAGUUCCAUUUCAAGUGACAAGCACCAAGGUCUGGCAUAAUGUCUCAGCAGAGAAAGAGAAUUUUCAUGUGGCCUUGAAAAAGGAAGAAAAUCAAAGCACCCAGGAGUGUGGUUCUCAAGAUGUUGCCAAGACAUGUUUGAGGAAUCAUAAUGAUUCAACAUCUCGUUUGAAGGCAGCAGAAACAGAGACAAGCUUUCAGAAGUUGCAUAGUUCUCCAUGGACUAAACCUGAAGAUAAAAAAUCACCUGAGAAAAAUGAGAAUAUAUAUGAAGAAUCAGUUAGCACGCAAGAAAAAACCUCUAAAAGCUACUAAUCUACAUUGGAAAAUGCCAAUUGCUUCCAUCCGCAUGUUCUUGUAGCACAAAGGCAUGAAAUGUCCCAGGUUUCUAAAGCAUGCAUUUUUCACUAUUUUAUGAAUGUCUGUAAAUUAGUCUAGAACAGACCAAUUAGUACCUUACAGCAAUAAUCCAAAAUGGAUGUUUGAAGAAAUGCUUUGUAAUGCAGUCCAGUUUUUGAACUCUUGCUCUACUUUAUCAGUAAUUGUAUACCGUAUAUCAAUCACCUUCUUUGUAAGCAGUCAUUCUCAAGUAUUUUCUCAGUCUGUUUUAUUUCAUGUAAUUUUGUGGCAGAUUAGGUUCUAAGAUUAAGGGGUGGUCAGUGUGUGUGCAGAGGGAAAUAUCUGUGUAACCACAUUUGAAGUACAAUCCUUAAGUGCAACUGUAAAGGGAUCUGUGCAUGGGAGUCCAUGUAUACUUACAUUUCAGUAAUUAUUUACACAAUAAAAUAUUUUUAU